UUGAGGGUCCUUCUGCUGGGGGCGUCGUGUCGGUCUCAGCGGAAGGGCGUCCUCCUGCUGCUGUGCUGGGUCCGCGAUGUCCUUGCGGCUGGGGAAGCUCGCCCGCCCGGGGGCUGCGGCCGUUCGGGGCCGCCCGGGGCUCGGCGCCCUGCGAGUGGCAAAAAUUCACGUGAGCUCUCAGCAGAAGUUGCGGUAUGGCUGGUUGGCUUAUAUGCUGGGAGAGAGAUCUACUAAAAAGUUCAAUAAAUACAGCAAAAUCUUUACUGUGGAUGGCAAUUUAUCUUCUGGGAAGGGCAAACUUGCACAACAAAUAGCAGAAAAGCUAGGUAUGCAGUAUUUCCCAGAAGCAGAUGUCCAUUAUUUGGACAGGGUCACAGGAGAUGGAACACUACUUGAUGAGAAAUUUAAUGGCCAUUGUAGUCUAGAGAAAUUUUACAAUGAUCCUAAAUGUCCUGAUGGAAAUUCAUAUCGCCUACAAGCCUGGUUGUACAGUAACCGUGUUUUACAGUAUUCUGACGCACUGGAGCUCCUCCUGUCUACAGGACAAGGUGUAGUGAUGGAACGCUCCGUCUACAGCGACUUUGUGUUCAUGGAGGCGAUGUUUCAACAAGGCUAUAUCCACAAAAGAUGUGUUGAUCAUUAUAAUGAAGUCAAGGGCAUCAGUAUCUGUGAAUUUCUGCCACCUCAUUUGGUGAUCUAUGUUGAUGUACCAGUCUCAGAGGUACAGAAAAGGAUCCAAGAGAAAGGAAAGCCCCAUGAGAAAAAGGUGUCUCCUGCAUACCUCCAGAGCAUUGAAGAUAUCUACAAGAAAUCUUUCCUGCCAGAGAUCAGUGAGACCUCUGAGGUUUUGCAGUACACAGCGAGUGCGGCACAGGAUGUAGAGAAGGUAGUUGAAGAUAUUGAGUAUCUGAAGUUUGAUAAGGGACCUUGGCUGGAACAAGAUGAUGUUAGUUUCCAUCACUUGAGGCUUUAUAUGGAGGACAAACAUAAAGUGGUGAACCCUACAACUAUCCCUCGCUACAUCCCAGAAAUCACAAUUGGAGGCAAUGAAUUUGAUAAAAUAUAUUACCAAUACAGAUCGCUUCCUGGUCGCAAUUUUGACAAAGGUUACAACUCCGAGGUGGGGGACAAGUGGAUCUGGCUGAAAUGAAACCCGCCGUGCUUUGAAGCCCUGACACUGAAUGACCACAGAACUUGAAUGAUAUAGAAGCUGCUUUCAGUCUCUCUGCUCACCAUUGACUGUAUAUGCAGCACAAAGAACACACAUGUAAAUGGUCGAGAAAUUAGAGUGUAAGAGAAUGGUCUCAAAGUAAACCAAACCACCGUAAUAUUUAAGGAAACGUCUUGACUCUUCAUGGAAUUCAGCUCAUUUUUAUUUUAGAAUGAUCCACAAUAAUUGUAAUAAUAUGACAUUGCAGUGGUAGCCUUUCUAAGAUCAACAGGGAAUCGUCAUCAAAACGGGGGCUUAAUAUUAUACAGGAUUGUGAUUGUUUGACUGAACUGAAAAGAAAUAAAACCUGUAUCCUAA